AAGCAAGCCACCAUUAUUACUAUAUAAACACUGCCCCCACAGAACCACUCUACUCAAAUCACAAACCUCUCUCUCUCUCUCUCUCUCUCUCUCUCUCUCAUCUCAUUCUCUCUCUACGAGAUCAUCCCACACACACUACUCACAUCGUCAAUUAAUCAUGGUUGUGGAGAUGAAGCAGGAGAACGGCGGCGCGGCGGUGGCGGCGGCGGGCGAGAAGCAGCAGCAGCAGCAGGCGCCGCCGCAGCUGGUGAUGAGCGUGAAGCGCGGGGAGGCGACGCUGGUGGCGCCGGCGGAGGCGACGCCGAGGGGCGGGCAGUACUACCUGUCGAACCUGGACCAGAACAUCGCGGUGAUCGUGCAGACGGUGUACUGCUACAAGCCGCCGCCGUCGCCGUCCAGCGGCAAUGGUGACGACGACGACGUGGUGGGCGUGCUCCGCGACGCGCUGGCGCGCGUGCUGGUGCACUACCACCCGCUGGCGGGGCGGCUGGGGAUCAGCCCGGAGAUGAAGCUGACCGUGGAGCUCACCGGCGAGGGCGCCGUGUUCGUGGAGGCCGACGCCGCCUGCGACCUCGCCGACGUCGGCGACCUCACCAAGCCCGACCCGGCCGCGCUCGGCCAGCUCGUCUACUCCGUCCCCGGCGCCAAGCACAUCCUCGAGAUGCCACCCAUGACCGCGCAGGUGACGAGAUUCAGAUGCGGCGGCUUCGCGCUCGGCCUGGCCAUGAACCACUGCAUGUUCGACGGCAUCGGCGCCAUGGAGUUCGUCAACUCGUGGGCCGAGACGGCGCGCGGCGUCGCCGAGCUCACCGUGCCGCCGUUCCUGGACCGCAGCGUCCUCAAGGCGCGCGACCCGCCCGUGCACACCUUCCCGCACCACGAGUUCGCCGAGAUCCCCGACGUGUCCGACACGGCGGCGCUCUACGGCGCGCAGGAGCUCCGGUACCGCUCCUUCUGCUUCGACCCGGACCGGCUGGAGCGCGUGCGCGCGCUGGCGCUGGCGCUCGCCGACGGCGGCCGCCGCUUCACCACCUUCGAGGCGCUGUCGGGGCUGGUGUGGCGCGCCCGCACGGCGGCGCUCGGGCUGGCGCCCGAGCAGCGCACCAAGCUGCUGUUCGCCGUGGACGGGCGGCGCCGGUUCGCGCCGCCGCUCCCGCGGGGCUACUUCGGGAACGGCAUCGUGCUGACCAACGCGGUGGCGACGGCGGGGGAGCUGCUGUCCGCGCCCGUCUUCCGCGCGGCGGGGCUGGUGCAGGACGCCGUGCGGAUGGUCACCGACGAGUACAUGCGGUCGGCGGUGGACUACUUCGAGGCGACGCGGGCGCGGCCGUCGCUGGCGUCCACGCUGCUCAUCACCACGUGGUCGCGCCUCGAGUUCCACGGCGCCGACUUCGGGUGGGGCGAGCCCGUCAUGUCGGGCCCCGUCACGCUGCCGGAGAAGGAGGUCAUCCUCUUCCUCGCGCACGGCAAGGAGAGGAAGAGCAUCAACGUGCUGCUCGGCCUGCCCGCCACGGCCAUGGACGCAUUCCAAGAGCUCAUGGACGACAUAUGAUUGGUCGGUCCGUCAUGGGCCUCAUGGCUGAUGAGGAGCUCUCUCCGUUGACACGGCAGCGCAGCAAUGGCGGACAAGGAUGGGAGCUAGUACUAUAUAUAAUGCAGGGUGCUUUUUUUCUUGAUGAUGGACUGCUCGGGUUUAUAUAGUACGAGACUGUUCGUUACGGGUGUGUGUUAAUAUUCGUUACAUAUAUGUUGGUGUUUAAUAAGGAAGUUAAUAGUACUAUAUAUGAGCAUCUGUUGUCCGAUGUAGUGGUUCUAUUAAAAAGUGUUCACGUUAAAUGAGAAAACAGUAAAGGUUUGUUUUUUAUUGUA